AUGCACCAGGAUGAUUGGCAGCUGCGCUGGGAGAGAGACAGCUUGUUUACCCGGACGACCAGACUAGAGGACGUGUUGGCCGAUGCAAAGUCCAAACUAGCCAGCGUGACGGCAGAGAAGGACAGACUGUUUCAGGAGAAGAUUGACCUUCAUCAGAAGGUGCAGAAGAUGACGGUGGACAAGGAACAGCUUCAGAAGGCCAAACAUGCGGUAGAAGAACAGUGUACAGAGCUACACGUGGACCUGGCACAGGCCAAGCUGUCUGCAGACAAGAACAACCAGGAGAAACUCCGGGUAGAACAGGAGCUCAAUGCUGUCAAAAAGGUGAGUGAAGACCUGUCCAGUGAGCUGUCGAUGGUCAAGCACAACUUGGAGAAGGCCCAAGAGCUGAACAAACAACUUGAGUCCAGCAAACGCCUGGCAGCACAACAGCAGUUGAUGUUGGAGGGGGAGCUGAAGAGGGUCACACAGGACAAGGACCUACUGAACAAGUCCUUUGAGAGGUUGAAGAAGGAGCAAGAGACAGACAGAGAACGGUGGGAUGAGCAGCAAAGGAACCUCAGGGAAACAUUGCAGGAGCUGAGAGACAACAAACAACAGCUGGACACAAGAACAAGGGAGCUUGAGAAGAAACUGUCCCUUGCGAAUGAGGAGCACCAGUACACCAUGGGCCAGGUGCAGGCGGAGUGUGCGGAGUGGAGAGACACGUGCGAGCGGCUGACGGGCAUGUUUGAGAGGAAGGAGGACGAGGCGCGAAAUCUGCAGCAAAAGUUACAGGACAUUCAGGAGAAGAACUCUGCCCUGAGAAUGGAGCAGCAGCUGAGGACCAUGAAGGAGGCGGAGCUGACUGAAGCCCAGCAGGAGAUUGACAGGCUGGGUGAAGAGAAGCAGAGACUGCAGCAGGAGAAUGCAGAGAACCAGCAGGUCAUCAGGCUGUUAGAGAUGCAGAAAAACAUCCUCACUAAGCCCCAGCCAGGCUCAGAGCCUUACGAGCAGCUCCAGGCAGAGGUGGACAGGAUGAAAGCAGAACUGACACUGAACCAGGACAAACUAGAAGAGCUACAAAGAGAUAGGACUCAGCUGAUACAACAGAUAGAAGAAUUAAUGGCGGAAAAAGACUCCAGCCUUUCCAUGGAUCGCACCAAGAUGUCGGAGAUCCUGAUCAACCACCCGACCAUCCGGACAGCCGAGCUGGACGAGCGCUGCCAGGCUCUGGAGAGGGAGAGACUGAACCUGCAGGGGGUCAACGAUGACAUCAAACAUCAGCUCACCAGGCUGGAGAAGGAGAAUGAGGUAUUGCGGCAGAGGCUGUCUGCCGCCGAUUCUCCCAGUGGAACAGACACCAACCCAGCCCUGUUACAGUUGCAGCGAGAAAACGAGAGAUUUCAGGAAGAUUACAGGCGCUUGAAGGCCUCAUACAAUGAGCUAGAGAACAGACACCUCAGAUUAAUAUCCAGUCCAGAGAGUCCAGGAGAUAGAAGUGAUGACUCAAAACAGAUGAAGAAAGAAAUAACAAGAUUAGAGAGCCAGGUGUCUCUACAGAGAGGCCAGAUAGUAUUGCUAGAAAACUCCAAGAGAAGGCUAGAAGACCAAAACAAAAAACUAGAGGCAAAGGUGCAGGAGUUAGAGGAAAGAGAAUACAACGAAUCCUUCCCGGGAAAGAGUAUACAGGAGGGGAGUAGCCAGAAAACACACAGCCGCUCCAGUGGGGAUGGAAGCAGUGGUGCUGCAGACGAGGAGAGGACAGUGCUAAUAGAGAGGCUGAAGGGGGAGAAGGAGAAGUUCCGCCGUGAGGUGGAGUCGCUGUCCUCACAGCUCAAGGAUGCUGAGACCAUCCAGGACAAACAGGAGAAAGUCAUCAAGAGCAUGAAGGAGGAACUUGAAGAUGAGAAGAUGCGCAAGCCCAAAAAGAUUAGGUUCUUGGACGAGUUGCAACCAGCACAGGAGUCGAUGGACGAGGUGGGUGCAGAACUGCUGCACGUCCGAGGGGAGCUACAGAAGGUUUGGGACAUGAUCCAUGUCAAGGAUGGGGAGAUAGAGCAGUACAGCAGACACCUGGAGGAGGCACGAGCAAAGCUAGCAGAGGUGCAGCUAGACAAGGACAGAUUGCAGCAGAAAGUGGACAGCCUACAGAGACAAGUCCUCAGCAAGGAGGAAAUCAUCACAGAACUAAGAAAUGAAAAGAACAGCUUACAGGGGCAACGUAGAGGCUCAGGAACAUUAGCAGAGAAACUGGAAUGUCUGGAAACUGAGAAUCAAACAUUAAAGGACAAGUGCCAUGACCUUGGAAGGACGAUUGCUGAGUUAGAAGUCGCUAACAAAGAUCUUUCAAGAAAGUUUGAGACAGUGUCCAAAGACAAAGCUAGUGCAGACAAGGAGAUCAGCAGCUUGAGAAGUAGUAUAGCAGAAGGAAGCGGUUCCGAUGAUGAGAGGAGGCGGCUGGGAGUGGAGUGUACACGGCUGACUGAUGAGUUGGACAUCAGUGCCCUUGAGUUGGAGGAGAAGACAAAACAGGUGUCAUCUUUAGAAAAAAGGUUACAGAAUUCACAGGAGCAGCUUCAAAGAGUAAAAGAAGAGAAGAGAGGUCUCGAAGCUAAGGUUGAGAACCUGCAGACAGAAAAUGAUGAACUAGAAGAGAAACUAAGAAGAGUCCUAACACAGAGGAUACUCGGUGACUCUUCAAAGAAGGAACCAUUCUCUGAUGACACUGCUCCGCCACACACCAGCUCUGCACCAAUCAGCCCAAAGAAGACUGAUGCUCCAAAUGGCGUGUCCCAUGGCAGAACUUCUACCAGCACUCCUGAUUGGAGGAAAAUCUUUGGCAGGCCGGACGGAGCUGGGAAGAGCCAGGCGGGACAGACCAGUCCAGGGGGUAGCAGCAGAGAGGGGGGGCCGGGUUCACCCGAGGGGGGUCGGAGAAGCCUCCCCAGAACUCCAGGGGGAGAGGAGGAGGAGAAAAGUCCCAGGUCACCUCGGAGGAGCAGUGGCAUUCCCAGGCUGACUACUCUCAUCAACGGAGCUAAACCAACACCCAGACACACGGGGAUGCAGCGGUAAGUCAUGCAGAUGGUUUCUCGGUGAUCAGG